AUGGUAAGAUGGGCAGCCUCCACAGUGAUGACCCGACAGAACCACAUACAACUGUCACAAUUAACGACAACUGCAUUUAUACCUCUGUGGGAUAUGUGUAACCAUGAGCAGGGAAAGAUAAGCACAGACUUCAACAACGAACGCAGCAGGGGUGAAUGUUAUGCCCUUCGCGACUUUAAAUCUGGUGAACAGAUUUUUAUAUUCUAUGGCGCUAGAUCCAAUGCCGAUCUUUUUAUACAUAACGGGUUUGUGUACCCAAAUAACGACUAUGAUUCCCUGUCUCUAGUACUGGGAGUUAGUUCAUGUGAUCCUCUUCGUGGCACCAAAAUGGCUCUUCUCAAGAAACUCGGACUGGCCAAUUUAACGCACUAUCAUUUGUAUAAAACAGGGAAUAUCGUCAGCCCCGAGUUACUGGCAUUUAUAAGGAUAUUUAAUAUGAAUAAAGAGGAAUUGGAAAAGUGGUCAGAGAAAGGCCUCCCCGGUGACCUGGUAUCCUCCGAGGAGACGAGCGCAAAGGAAGUUGGAACUGAAAUAGAUGCACGCGCUUACAAAUACUUACUGACGCGUUGUGGCCUUCUACUGACGGCCUAUCGGAAAGCAGAGGCCAAGGAUGGGGAGGAUAGUCUAAAUAGGAGCAAUAUAAAACAGCUGAAAAGCUGUGAAGUUCAAAUAUUAGAAGAUACUAUAAAAUACUUGGAAACUGUUUUAGAAUCAUUGCAACCCACCGCUUAA